UUAGUUUAGCAACAAAAGCUCAAGCGGUCGCUAAUUAUCGUAAUCCUCCUCCAACCUUUUUUAAACUUUUGAAACACAGCCAUGUACAUAAAAACAAACCCCGUUUAAAUCAUACACAAGAUGCAAUUAGCCAGCGACCACGACACGCCACGCCACGACAUUACCACCAAAGUCAACAAACUAACUAAAGCCUAACUAAGUGUCAUCAACUGAAUUAGUGCAAGUAGCAGCAAGCAGCGAGCAGCGAGCAGCGGCGGCGAGCGACAAGCUAACCGGAAUCUAAAACGGAAACGGAAAUGCCCAUUGAGCCGCCUGACAGCACUAGCAGCGGCAGCAGCAGCGACAACAAAUAUUGCAAUCAAGCCAAGCAACAAAUCGCCCACACACACAUGUAGUUGCAGUGCAAGUGCCUCAGUGUGUGUGUGUGUGUAUGAGUGCGCGCGCGAGUGUGUGAGAGGGAGGCGCAGCAAAUUGUUGCGGCUCUGAAAAGCCGGAAGCGGAAGUGGCAGGUUAGGAUAAGGCGGCAAACGAAGGAGCAUCAUUAGCAAGAGGAGCAGCGCCUGGAGAUAGAUUAUAAAAAUUUCAUUCUCCCGCAAAUCGUUAACGAAAAAUCAUUCAAAAUUCAUCGCCUAAGCAAAGCGGAUGCCGCACAAGAUCGAGAGAGAGAGAGAGAAAGAGAGAUAAAGAGAGAGAGAGAGAGAGAGGGAGUCGCGAAUAGAUCAAUCAAUCAAUCAAUCAAAACCGUGCAUAUCAACCGAGAAGCCCGAAAUCAAAGUUCAACGUUGCAUUUAAGCGAACGGCCUCGCCAAGCAGCACACUCUCUCUUACCCAUAUCCCUGGGUUAAUCCUCCUCCUAACCAAAGUCGAAAUCGAAGUCGGAUUCAGAGUCGAAGUCGGAGUUUGCAUGCCGCGGAUGAGCCGCGGAUUAUGUCACGUGACGAUUAUAAUCCAGUAACUAGCUCUGGUGUGCGCAGUCCGGGUCGCGUGCGGCGGCUCCAGGAAUUGCCGACGGUCGAUCGAUCACCAUCCCGGGACUACGGCGCGCCACGCGGAAGUCCUUUAGCAAUGGGCAGUCCAUACUACCGCGACAUGGAUGAGCCAACAAGUCCGGCCGGAGCGGGUCACCAUCGCAGCCGGAGCGCCAGCAGACCACCGAUGGCCCAUGCCAUGGACUAUCCACGAACCCGCUACCAAUCGCUGGAUCGCGGUGGACUCGUGGAUCCCCACGAUCGCGAGUUCAUACCCAUCCGGGAGCCACGUGAUCGCUCCCGAGACAGAUCCCUCGAACGGGGACUGUAUUUAGAGGACGAACUAUAUGGCAGAUCGGCGCGCCAGAGUCCCAGUGCCAUGGGUGGCUAUAAUACGGGCAUGGGUCCCACCUCGGAUCGGGCGUAUUUGGGUGACCUGCAGCACCAGAACACCGAUUUGCAGCGGGAGCUGGGCAAUCUCAAACGCGAACUGGAGCUGACCAACCAAAAGCUGGGCAGUUCGAUGCACAGCAUCAAGACCUUCUGGUCGCCGGAGCUGAAGAAGGAGCGGGCACUGCGCAAGGAGGAAAGUGCCAAGUACAGUCUGAUCAAUGAUCAGUUGAAGCUGCUAAGCACAGAGAAUCAGAAACAAGCCAUGUUGGUGCGCCAGCUAGAGGAGGAGCUGCGUCUUAGGAUGCGUCAGCCCAACCUGGAAAUGCAGCAGCAAAUGGAGGCCAUCUAUGCGGAGAACGAUCAUCUGCAGCGGGAGAUUAGCAUUUUGCGAGAGACGAUCAAGGAUCUCGAGUGCCGGGUGGAGACCCAGAAGCAAACGCUGAUUGCCCGCGAUGAGAGCAUCAAGAAGCUGCUGGAGAUGCUACAGGCCAAGGGCAUGGGCAAGGAGGAGGAGCGCCAGAUGUUCCAGCAAAUGCAGGCCAUGGCCCAGAAGCAGCUGGACGAAUUCCGUCUUGAAAUACAGAGAAGGGAUCAAGAGAUCCUGGCGAUGGCGGCCAAAAUGAAAACCCUCGAGGAGCAGCAUCAGCGGCACAUAGCGGUGCUCAAGGAGUCGCUAUGUGCCAAAGAGGAGCACUACAAUAUGCUGCAGACGGAUGUCGAGGAGAUGCGCGCCCGCCUUGAGGAGAAGAACCGCCUCAUCGAGAAGAAGACCCAGGGCACACUCCAGACCGUGCAGGAGCGGAACCGCCUCACCAGUGAACUGACCGAGAUCAAGGACCACAUGGACAUCAAGGACCGCAAGAUCAGUGUGCUUCAGCGCAAGAUCGAGAACCUGGAGGAUCUGCUCAAGGAGAAGGAUAACCAGGUGGACAUGGCGAGGGCCCGUCUCUCGGCCAUGCAGGCUCACCACAGCAGCUCCGAGGGCGCCUUGACCAGCCUGGAGGAGGCCAUUGGCGAUAAGGAGAAGCAGAUGGCCCAGCUGCGAGACCAGCGCGAUCGAGCCGAGCACGAGAAACAGGAGGAACGUGAUCUCCACGAGCGUGAGGUGGCCGACUAUAAGAUUAAGCUGCGCGCUGCCGAAAGUGAGGUGGAGAAGCUACAAACACGCCUGGAGCGGGCUGUGACCGAGCGGGAGCGGCUCGAGAUCAAGCUGGAGGCCUCGCAAAGUGAACUGGGCAAGUCCAAGGCGGAGCUGGAGAAGGCCACCUGUGAGAUGGGCCGCAGCAGCGCCGAUUGGGAGUCCACCAAGCAGAGGAUUGCACGUUUGGAGCUGGAGAACGAGCGGCUGAAACACGAUCUGGAGCGUUCGCAGAUGCAGCUAGAUGAACAGACCACACUACACAAAACGACGUUCGGCAGGACCACGAUGACCACGUCACAGGAACUGGAUCGGGCACAGGAGCGGGCGGACAAGGCCUCCGCCGAGCUGCGACGCACUCAGGCCGAGCUGAGGGUCACUCAGUCGGAUGCGGAGCGGGCACGUGAAGAGGCGGCCGCUUUGCAGGAGAAGCUGGAGAAGAGCCAGGGCGAGGUAUACCGGCUCAAGGCGAAGCUGGAGAACGCCCAGGGCGAGCAGGAGAGUCUGCGCCAGGAGCUGGAGAAGGCGCAGAGCGGCGUCUCGCGCAUCCACGCCGAUCGCGACCGGGCCUUCUCCGAGGUGGAAAAGAUCAAGGAGGAGAUGGAGCGCACGCAGGCGACGCUGGGCAAGUCGCAGCUGCAGCACGAGAAGCUGCAGAACUCGCUGGACAAGGCCCAGAACGAGGUCGAUCACCUGCAGGACAAGCUGGACAAGAUGGGCACAGAGAACCGUCGCCUGGUGCUGGAGAAGGAGAAGCUCACCUACGACUACGACAACCUUCAGUCGCAGCUGGACAAGGCGCUGGGUCAGGCGGCCCGAAUUCAGAAGGAGCGCGAGACUCUUACCCUGGACACGGAUCGCAUUCGCGAGAAGCUGGAGAAGACGCAGAUGCAACUGGCGCGCAUCCAGAAGGAGCGGGAUCAAUUCUCCGACGAGCUGGAGACGCUCAAGGAGCGCUCAGAGUCCUCGAAUACCCUACUGAUGAAGGCCGCCCGCGACAGGGAGGCGAUGCAAACAGAUCUGGAAGUACUCAAGGAGCGCUACGAAAAGUCGCAUGCCAUCCAGCAGAAACUACAGAUGGAGCGCGAUGACGCCGUCACCGAGGUGGAGAUCCUAAAGGAGAAGCUGGACAAGGCCCUGUACGCCAGCCAGAAGUUGAUCGACGAGAAGGACACUUCCAACAAGGAGUUCGAAAAGAUGCUGGAGAAGUACGACCGCGCCCAGAACGAGAUCUAUCGCCUGCAGUCCCGCUGCGAUACGGCCGAAGCCGAUCGUGCUCGCCUGGAGGUGGAAGCGGAGCGGUCUGGCCUGGCAGCCGGCAAGGCUCGCGAAGAUCUGCGCAAGCUUCAAGACGAGAGCACACGGCUGCAGGAGGCCUGCGAUCGGGCGGCGCUCCAGCUGAGCCGCGCCAAGGAGUGCGAGGAUAAUGCGCGCAGCGAGCUGGAGCACAGUCGCGAUCGCUUCGACAAGCUCCAGACGGACAUCCGGCGGGCCCAGGGCGAGAAGGAGCACUUCCAGUCGGAGCUGGAAAGGGUUACCUACGAGCUGGAGCGGGCACAUGCCGCUCAAACCAAGGCGGGAGCCAGUGUGGAGGCCGCCAAGGAGGAGGCCGCCCACUAUGCCGUGGAGCUGGAAAAGAUGCGCGAUCGGUAUGAGAAGAGCCAGGUGGAACUGCGCAAGCUCCAGGACACGGACACCUUUGGGCGGGAGACGCGACGCCUCAAGGAGGAGAACGAGCGACUGCGUGAGAAGCUGGACAAGACGCUCAUGGAGCUGGAGACGAUCCGGGGCAAGUCGCAGUACGAGUCGGAGUCGUUCGAGAAGUACAAGGACAAGUACGAGAAGAUCGAAAAUGAGGUGCAGAACAUGGAGUCGAAGCUGCACGAGACCAGCCUGCAGCUGGAGCUGUCCAAGGGCGAGGUGGCCAAGCUGCUGGCCAACCAGGACAAGCAGCGCUCCGAGCUGGAGCGGGCCCACAUCGAGCGGGAGAAGGCCCGGGACAAGCACGAGAAGCUGCUGAAGGAGGUCGAUCGUUUGCGCCUGCAACAGUCCUCGGUGAGCCCCGGCGAUCCGGUCCGAGCGUCGACGUCCUCCUCUUCCGCUCUGUCCGCUGGCGAACGGCAGGAGAUCGAUCGGCUGCGCGAUCGCCUCGAGAAGGCGCUGCAGUCGCGCGACGCCACCGAGCUGGAGGCCGGUCGCUUGGCCAAGGAACUGGAGAAGGCGCAAAUGCAUCUGGCCAAGCAGCAGGAGAACACCGAGUCCACGCGGAUCGAGUUCGAGCGCAUGGGCGCCGAGCUGGGACGCCUGCACGAUCGUCUCGAGAAGGCCGAGGCCGAGCGCGAGGCACUGCGUCAGUCCAGCCGAACUGGAGCCGGUUCCGCUCCACAUCCGCAGCUGGAGAAGCAUGUCCAGAAGCUCGAGUCCGAUGUCAAGCAGCUGGCCAUGGAGAGGGAGCAACUGGUGCUGCAGCUGGAGAAGAGUCAGGAGAUCCUCAUGAACUUCCAAAAGGAGCUGCAGAACGCCGAGGCGGAGCUGCAAAAGACACGCGAGGAGAAUCGCAAGCUGAGGAAUGGCCACCAAGUGCCACCGCCAGCUGCAGCACCCGCCGGAGCCUCUCCCGCCGAGAUCCAGGCCAUGCAGAAGGAGAUCCAGGCGCUGCAGCAGAAGCUCCAGGAAUCGGAGCGAGCCCUGGCAGCUGCCGGUCCUCAGCAGGCUCAGGCUGCAGCGGCGGCCGGUGCGAGUCGCGAGGAGAUCGAGCAGUGGCGCAAGGUCAUCGAGCAGGAGAAGGGACGCGCCGACAUGGCCGACAAGGCGGCCCAGGAGAUGCACAAGCGGAUUCAGCUUAUGGACCAACACAUCAAGGACCAGCAUGCCCAGAUGCAAAAGAUGCAGCAACAGAUGCAAGCGCAGCAACAACAGGCGGCGCAGCAACUGCAGGCAGCACAGCAGCCACAGGCAGCGGCCAGCGCUGGCGGAGCGGACCCCAAAGAGUUGGAGAAGGUCAAGGGCGAGCUGCAGGCAGCCUGCACAGAGCGGGAUCGCUUCCAGCAGCAGCUAGAACUCCUGGUCCAGGAGCUGGAAAAGAGCCAGAUGUCAAACCAGGAGCAGGCCAAGCAGCUUCAAACCUCCCAGCAACAAGUACAACAACUGCAGCAGCAGGUACAACAGUUGCAGCAACAAAUGCAGCAACUGCAGCAGGCGGCCAGCGCGGGAGCCGGAGCCUCUGAUGUACAGCGCCAACAGCUGGAGCAGCAGCAAAAGCAGCUGGAGGAGGUGCGCAAGCAGAUCGACAACCAGGCCAAGGCCACCGAGGGCGAGCGGAAGAUCAUCGACGAGCAGCGCAAGCAGAUCGAUGCCAAGCGCAAGGACAUCGAGGACAAGGAGAAGAAGAUGGCCGAGUUCGAUGUACAGUUGCGCAAGCGCAAGGAGCAGAUGGACCAGCUGGAGAAGUCACUCCAGACGCAAGGUGGCGGAGCGGCAGCUGCCGGAGAGCUCAACAAGAAGCUCAUGGACACGCAGCGUCAACUGGAAGCAUGCGUCAAGGAGCUGCAAAACACAAAGGAAGAGCACAAGAAGGCGGCAACCGAAACGGAACGCUUGCUGCAAUUGGUACAAAUGUCGCAGGAAGAGCAGAAUGCCAAGGAGAAGACCAUCAUGGAUUUGCAACAAGCCUUAAAGAUCGCUCAAGCCAAAGUCAAACAAGCACAAACGCAACAACAGCAUCAGCAGGAUGCUGGGCCAGCUGGCUUCUUGAAGAGCUUUUUCUAAACAGUGCCCACAGAACACACACACAGAUCUUCAGAUGCAGAUAAGGCUACCUGUACUAUUUACCUGCAGCGAAAAUGGAAAGCCGAAACACAGCAAGAAAUUACCAAAAGCACUGUCUACUAUUUUGUAUACUACCGAUGCCGAUACCGAUACCAAACCAAUACCAACUAUGCAGUAUUUCUAAAAUUCACACGAUAUACACACAACAAUACAACACACACACACACACAUUUGUAAAUGACACCAUGUAAAUGCAAUGCAAAAUGCAAAUUA